GCUCAAGGCACAGCCUUUUUUCCCAGAUAGCAUCAAGGAAACGACGAUGUCGGAAGCGACGCUGACGCUCCGCAAGGCGCGGCUGAUCACCGCGGUGAAGACGCCGUACUUGCCGGAUGGCAAGAUCGACUUGGAGGCCUAUGACAGGCUCCUGGAGCACCAGGUCGCCAACGGCGUGGAGGGCGUGAUCGUGGGCGGAACCACGGGAGAAGGUCACCUGCUGUCCUGGAAGGAGCACCUGGACCUCAUUGGCCACACCAAGGCCAAAUUUGGGGGCCGGCUCUACAUCGUCGGAAACACAGGCAGCAACCACACUGCAGAGAUGGUGUGGGCCACUGAGAAAGGCUUUGCUGUUGGCAUGGACGCCUCCUUGCUGAUCAAUCCAUACUACGGCAAGACUUCCGAUUCUGGCAUUGUCAUGCACUUGGAACACGCGCUGAGAUUCGGUCCUGCCUUCAUCUACAACGUGCCGGGCCGGACUGGCCAGGACAUCAAGCCAAGCGUCAUCAUGAAGAUUAAGGACAACCCGAACUUCAUUGGCGUGAAGGAGUGCAUGGGAAACGAGCGCAUCAAGGAGCUCUCCGAUGUGGGCAUCUGCUGCUGGUCAGGCAACGAUGACCAGAUGCACCAAUCCAGACACAAGUGCGGCGCGGUGGGCGUCAUCUCUGUGACGUCCAAUGUGGUGCCAGGCUUGGUGAAGCGGCUGAUGACGCAGGAGGAUGAAGCGUUGGAUGCCAAGCUGCAGCCCUUGUACAAGUGGCUCUUUACAGACCCGAAUCCCAUCGGUGUCAAUACCAUGCUGAUGAUGCUGGGAGUGGCAAAGCCCAUUUUCCGCUUGCCCUACACCUUCGUGCCCAGGGACCGACGCCUGGAGGGCGUGGAGCUGGUGAAGUCUCUGGGCCGGGAGAACUUCCCAGCCUCUGGUACCACAGCGCUGGAGGACGCGGACUUCCAGCAUGUGCUCGGGGAGAUGGGCCACUAGUGAGCCUGCCCUCAGCCGCGAGGAGAGAGGAAGGCCAUGUGCGGAGAGCUGCGCUUGAGAGGCCGCACCGCUUGUGAGGGCAACCGCGCGUUAGUUAGAGUGGAGCGUCCGGCUUCCGAGCCUAGCCUUGCGAGCUUGACUGCGCUCCCUCAGUUUUGGCUCCUUUCAAAGUUCAUUGUUGAAGC